AUUUACAUGUCUAAUAAUUAAACAUUCAAAGAUUUUCCAAAUUAAAGCCAUAUUGAAUUAAAAUUUAAUACAAAAGAUCAGCAUGGAUUGGAAAGAGAAGAAGCCUUACAAAAGUACAGAAGAAAUGUAAUUAUAGAUAAUUUGACAAUUUAGAUUAAUUUACUUACUAAAAUAUUUGCAUAUGAUGUAGACCAACCAGAAUCGGAGAAAUAAAAUGAUAUUUUUUAAUCAGAAAAACAAAAUGGACAAUAUCAAAUAAAGACUCAUCUUUUAGAAAGCAUGAGAUCAUCUUUAAUUCAUUUAUAAAAUAGGCAUAAAGACACUAUCGAAUAAUUUAAAAAACGAAACGAAUUAUUUAAAUAACGAAUCAACGAAGAUAGUAAAAUAAAUACUCAGGAAGAAUUUUAAUAGUUCAUAAAUGAAUUACAAUCUGAAGAUUUGUUAUGUGAUUCUCAUCCAUUUCUAGAUAAAAGAUCUUCAUUUUAUAUGUAAACAAAUCUUUAAUAGCCAAUUUAAGUAUGAAAUGAAUAAUUUAUUUUUAGAUAAGUUAAGAAUAAUGUUUAGAGUUGAAAGAACAAUUAAAGGAUGAUUAAUGUAUUCUUCUAAGUUGA